GACAGCCACCCAACCGUCGUUGACUUCCCAAGUCCACGGUCUCGGUCAUCAGAAUAUAUAAAAAGAAAAAACACGUCUGCGUCGUCAAGUCAAAGAAAACGAACCGAUGUUCUGGAGACCUAUUCAAUCGGCUUUAGGGGGGCGCCGUUCAAUCCAAUUUUCUGGGCUCUGUUGCUCUUUUGCUCGGUCAUACGCACAGUUACUGCUCGUCCCGUCGGAGGAAGUUAAUUAGCAGUUACUUCAACAGAAUCAGACUCAGGGCCAACCUAACUACGACAGAUACUUCUCUUAUUCUGUUGGCCAUGGAAGUGCUUCUUAGACGGUUAGCUUCUGCCGAUGCUGCUCGGUGCUUGUCUACUUCACUUGCUGGUUCCAUUUCCGAUAAGUGUAUUCGUGCCGCUCCUAAUUGCCGAACUCGAUUCCCUUUUCGCUUCGGUAGCCUCUGUAGUUUUUCCGACUCUUCGAAUGAGUCAAAUGCUUGCUCUGUCUCUUCUGUGGAAAAUGAUGCUGCAGUAAAUUGCAAUGGAUUUCGGACAUGGCGUAAUGGAGGUGGGACUUUUCACCACUCCGCUUGCAUUGAUCCUACAGCACUCAUCGAGAUUGGUGCCGUGGUUCACUCGAACUCUGUCGUCGGUGCAAGUGUGCGUAUUGGAUCAGGAUCUGUUAUUGGAGAUGCUGUUACAAUUGGUCAAUCAACAAGGAUUGGGUAUAAUGUUGCACUCAGUAACUGCACCGUAGGUGAUUUUUGCGUUAUCCACAAUGGAGUGUGCAUUGGUCAAGAUGGGUUUGGAUUUUUUGUGGAUGAGCACGGGACUAUGAAAAAGAAACCUCAAAUGCUGAAUGUUAAGAUUGGAACGAAUGUAGAGAUUGGUUCAAAUACAUGCAUUGAUAGAGGAAGCUGGAGAGAUACUGUCAUAGGCAAUAAUACAAAGAUUGACAAUUUGGUUCAGAUCGGUCAUAAUGUAAUUAUUGGAGAUUGCUGCAUGCUUUGUGGGCAAGUGGGAAUUGCAGGAUCCGUCACGAUAGGGGACUAUGUGACAUUGGGUGGGCGAGUAGCUAUCCGUGAUCAUGUAUCAAUUGGAUCAAAAGUCCGGCUUGCUGCCCUGAGUUGUGUCACCAAAGACAUUAAGGAACCUGGGGAUUAUGGUGGCUUUCCUGCUGUACCAAUUUCUGCGUGGAGAAGACAAAUUGCUAAGCUUUCUCAGUCAUCGAGGAAGAAAUGAAAUCAGGAACUUCAAGCUUCUUUCGUCUGCUAUGUACUGACAUCAUAUGAGUUUGGAGAUGCAGUUCAUGCAAGGGUGCAGGUAAUUGCUGCUAUGACUAGCAUUCUUAGAUCCUUAGCUGACCUAUCAAUAGAUACUUAUUGUGAUAUUUGUUUCUUUCGCCUAAAAAAGUAGCCUUUAAUAUUUUGAUUAGAUUAUUAAUUUAUUAAACAUUGCA